CAAAAUUUAAUGGUUAACCAGCUGCGAUAUUUCAACUAAAAUUGUUCUAAUACACAACUAAUUAUUAUGGGGGAUGCCUGUGAGGAUGCUCUGUAAUAUAUCUUAGUAACACAGACCUGGUCUGUGUUAGUAUUGGCACAGUACUCUUACUGACGAGUAUUUUGGGACAUGUGUUUUUGUGUAGCGUGGUUAAUUACGGGGCAUAGCCAAUGUGACUAGCAGCAACUGUAAGCUUGGUUAGUGUUGUAUCCAGUGUUAACUAUAGAGUUCACAGGGCUAAGUAGCUGGUGUUUUAAAUUCCCAAUGCUCGAUUGAUACGUAAGCAUCAGCCUCUGUAUAGAGUAGCCGGGACAGCCUAACUAUAGGUGUGUAUUUCCUGAGUGGGUAGAGGUUCUGUUGUGAAAAAGAGGGAUUUAUAAAGAAGAGAAACAAAAAACUCCUGCAGGAAUUUUCAUGUGCAGGUUAUUUAGAGUGAAGCUGGAAACUUUGUAUCUAAUUUUAUGAGUUUCUCAAACUGUGCAGAGGCUCUGCAUGCAUACCUGAAGGAGCAGGUUUUGGAAGGAAUCUUGUUUUGGUGAUAUUCCAAUAGUUGAUUAAUUAGUAUGUGAUGAUGUGUUAAGGAAGGAACCAUUAACAAUACUCAAGACGCUCAAAGGGGAUUAUUACUUAUAUACAUCGAUGGACCAUUGAUUAUUUUCACCUUAUUUACACCUGAAGGCUAGGGACAGGUGCAAAAAUAAAUACUUUACGAAACACAUUUGCCAGUGAUUAGCAGACGUAACUUCGGUAACCGAGAUGAGUGAUGCUGAAUCGUCUGCUUCGGAUUACAAUACGGAGCUGGUUGGGGGUACAUCUCAACAGAGAAACUGGAGAGGCAUUGCCAUUGCUCUAUUGGUGAUUCUGAUCGUGUGUGCCCUUAUCAUCACUGCCAUCAUCCUUGUCACCCCAGAUGAUGAGAAAAAAAAAGGUAUUGAAGAAAAGGGACAGAAAGAGAAGUUCACCUUUGAAGAAUUCUUUGGUCAUGACUACAAAAUCCACAGAUUUUCCCCUCAUUGGAGAAAAGAUGACUCCUUUAUCUACCGUGGCGAAGAGGGAGCCCUGCUGCUGUAUAACUGUUCUUCUAACUCCUCAACAGAGCUUCUGGGAAACUCCUCCUUUAAUGAGUUGAAUAUGGGCAAAUAUGAUAUCUCAGAAGACCUAAAAUAUGCCAUGCUGUCAUAUGAUCUCAAAGGGAUUUACAGACACUCCAAAAAGGGCAAAUAUAGAAUCAUCGAACUUAAGACAAGAGUGCCACAAGAGUUUGAUCCCCUGGGAAAGCACACGUACAAGUAUGUUAGCUGGGCUCCCAAAGGGCAUGCUGUGAUCUUUGUACAAGCCAAUAGUAUCUACUAUAUGGCCGACCCAUGGGACCAACAAUCUAAACUUGAGGUUAUAGAGGAGGACCCAGGCACACCGGAGAUAUCCAAUGGCAUUCCAGACUGGGUGUAUGAGGAGGAAAUCAUAUCAUCUGAUAACGCCCUCUGGUGGUCUCCGGAGGGGGAUAAGGUCCUGUAUGCAGUGUUCAAUGACUCCAGGGUGAGGCGCUACUACUACCCAUACUAUGGCCAAGAAAGCGACGCUUAUGGAACCGACAAGAGAAUUUACUAUCCAAAGCCUGGAUAUCCCAACCCAACAUUUACUCUUAAAAUCAGAAAGCUUGGCUCCAGCAACCAGACUGUGACCUUGAAACCUCCCACAGAUUUUAGAGACAUUGAUCAUUACUUUACAACAGUAACAUGGAUAGACAACCAAUAUGCCUUAAUUUCCUGGUUAAAUCGUGCCCAAAAUAAAACCAUUCUGACAAUCUGUAGUGCUAUGAAUGGAAAAUGCAAAAAGAAUCAGGAAGAGGAGAGUAGAGGAGGUUGGAUUGAUUUGUACACUCCCCCCACAGUGAGUCCCAAUGCGGACUGGUAUUACAUGAUCUUCCCGCGACAAGAGGCUGAAUCGGGCUCUUUUAAGCAGAUCCUGAUGGUAGAAGCCUCCGUGAGUACCAUGAAGCAGCUUGACCCUACUCCCGGUCAAAAGAAAUUCAGAACCGUUGGAACAUCCGAUGUGAUGGAGAUCGUGGGAAUUGACGCUGAGAGUAAUCUUUUGUAUUUCAUUGGGGUUCCCAAUGGGGAUGCAAGAAAGAGGCAUUUAUAUAGCGUGAGUACCAAGAUCACAGAUAAUGAUAUGCGGGUGACCUGCCUGACCUGUGAUUACAAUCCAGAUUGCCAGUAUGUGUCUGCCAGUUUUAGCCAUUCAGGAAAAUAUUACAUCCUUGGAUGUUUGGGCCCAGCAGUGCCAUAUUUUGUACUGAAGUCAACAAAAUCUGCAAUAGAAGUUACAUUUGAAAACAAUGACCAUUUGAAAAAGAAGCUGGCCAAUAAAGCCCUUCCUAUUACUGAAUAUGUCAAUAUUCCCAUCAAUAACAAAGAAUCAAUGUAUGCAAAAAUGCUGCUUCCUCCCAUUCUGGACCAGAAGCAACACUACACCUACCCUCUUCUUCUGAGUGUCUAUGGAGGUCCCGACACCCAGAAAGUGACAUACAAGUUUCAGCUGAGUUGGGAGGAUUACCUAGUCAGCUCCAAAAACUACAUUGUGGCAUACGCCGAUGGUCGCGGGGGUGCAGGGAGAGGACAGAAGUGGCUCCAUGCUAACUACAAGAAUCUGGGGUCUCUUGAGGUUACUGAUGCCAUCACUGCCGGAAGGUAUUUUAACGACAUUGCCUACGUGGAGUCCAGCAAGAAAGCUAUAUGGGGAUGGUCCUAUGGUGGCUAUACAACAGCAUCUGUGAUUGGUCAAGGCGAUGGACUAUUUGAAUGUGGAAUUUCUGUAGCACCUGUUACAGACUGGCAUUACUAUGACUCGGUAUACACAGAGAGAUAUAUGGGCAUGCCGCAUGAAAACGAAAUAGGAUACACGAACUCCAAUGUGUCACAGUAUGCUGCAAAAUUUAAAAAUGUGAAAUACAUGCUGGUUCAUGGAACAGGCGAUGAUAAUGUGCACUUCCAAAAUUCUGCCCAGUUUAUAAAGGCUCUGGUGGAGAAAGAUGUUUUCUUUAGGCUCCAGGUUUACACGGAUCAACAGCAUGGUCUCAGUGGAGGCAACACCAAAAAGCAUUUAUAUGAAAGCAUGGAAGACUUUCUGGGUGAAUGUUUUGAAGGGGUUUCAAAGAAAUUUGAAAUGAAACAAAAGGAACAUGAGAAAACACAAAAACAAGAACCUGUGGAGUGAGACACUGUAGUCAACCAAUCAUAUUAUCCAAGAGAAAGUUUCAUGCAAAAUCAACCAAUCAGCCCUUUUUCAUAUUGAAGAUUAUUAAUAAAAAGUCAUUUUUGAUUGGUUAUCAUAUGAUUUACAAAAAGAUCAAGAUUCCCCAAACAGUUCUUACUGUUGCUAGGCAACAUGACAUCUACACAGGUGCUAAAGAAAGUGAAAAUUAAUGAAUGCAUAGUAUGCGAGCUGAUUUGAAUCAAGCAAGGUUUUUCAGUGCAUACAUCAUUUUCUUGGGAAGAAAAAACAAAAAGGCAUCAGACCAGGUAUCCGUGGUAAUGAGACUGGACAGUGUAUAUACAUGUAUUUUGCAUCAGUAUUUAGAUAUUGUGAAUGGGUCAGUAAAAGACUCAAAAGAAGACAAUGUAUGUGUCUUGAGUUACCUGUAGAUUUUAUAUAUGACAAGUGUGUUUAUAGCACAUUUACUCUACAUCACAUUUUUUAUCUCUCUGAAAAUUUGC